CGAAGAAGAAAAAGAACACAAGAUCGGAUUACAAGAUGGCGGUUUGUGGACGUUAGCAAAGAGGCCGUUAGAGUUGUUGUGUUCUCUGUGAAUUUUAUUGGUUAAUAUUUGGCCUCCUGUUGAAUUGUUUUACGUCCGAAACGUAAUGGCUUUACGAAAUAGCCUUUAAAAUAUUUCAUCAGCUUCGUGAAAUUUACUCAGACGUGCAUGUUUUAAUAACAUGCGGGUGGAAACAAAGUUAACAGGUCGAGGGUAGGAAAACACUAGACAGGGUGAGGUGAUAGCUUCUUAGCAGCCAGCUAGCCUGCUAGCUGCGACUCGGUUAACCAUGUCGGACACUCGGCGGCGAGUGAAAGUAUAUACGCUAAAUGAAGACCGUCAGUGGGACGAUAGGGGUACCGGACAUGUUUCGUCUACAUUUGUUGAAAGACUUAAGGGAAUAUCGCUAUUAGUUCGGGCCGAAUCGGAUGGAUCCCUAUUGUUGGAGUCGAAGAUAAGCCCAAAUACUGCUUAUCAGAAACAGCAAGACACAUUGAUUGUUUGGUCUGAAGCAGAUAAUUAUGACCUGGCUCUUAGCUUCCAGGAGAAGGCUGGUUGUGAUGAGAUCUGGGAGAAAAUUUGUCAGGUGCAAGGGAAGGACCCUGCUGUUGAUAUAACACAGGACCCAAUCGAUGAAUCUGAGGAGGAACGCUUUGAAGAAAUCCCUGAGACAAGCCACCUGGUGGAGCUUCCUCCUUGUGAGCUGAGCCGACUGGAGGAGAUUGCUGACUUGGUCACUUCUGUUCUGUCAUCACCCAUCCGGAGGGAAAAACUUGCCCUUGCCUUGAUGAGUGAGGGUUACAUCAAGAAGCUUCUGGGUCUUUUCAGAGUAUGUGAGGACCUGGAUAACAGAGAAGGUCUGCAUCAUCUCUAUGAGAUCGUCCGAGGUGUUUUGUUCCUCAAUAAGGCAGCUCUGUUUGAGGUGAUGUUCUCUGAUGACUGUAUCAUGGAUGUGGUGGGCUGCCUUGAGUAUGACCCAGCACUUGUUCAGCCUAAACGCCACAGGGAGUUCUUGACCAAAACGGCAAAGUUUAAGGAGGUGAUCCCUAUCACGGACUCUGAGCUGCGGCAGAAGAUACACCAGACCUACCGGGUACAGUACAUCCAGGACAUCAUCCUACCCACACCGUCUGUCUUUGAAGAGAACUUUCUCUCCACGCUGACUUCCUUCAUCUUUUUUAACAAGGUGGAGAUUGUCAGUAUGUUGCAGGAGGAUGAAAAGUUCCUAACUGAAGUCUUUGCACAGCUCACAGAUGAAGCAACAGAGGAUAGUAAAAGAAGAGAGCUUGUGAAUUUUGUGAAGGAGUUCUGUGCUUUCUCACAAACAUUGCAGCCACAAAACCGAGAUGCUUUCUUUAAAACUCUUGCAAACCUUGGCAUCUUACCUGCUCUGGAAAUAGUCAUGGGAAUGGAUGAUCUGCAGGUGAGAGCAGCAGCAACAGACAUCUUCUCUUACCUUGUGGAAUUCAGUCCCUCCAUGGUGAGGGAGUUUGUCAUGCAAGAGCCACAGCAGACAGAUGAUGACGUUCUGCUCAUAAAUGUGGUGAUCAAGCAGAUGAUUUGUGACUCUGACCCAGAAUUGGGAGGUGCUGUCCAGUUGAUGGGUCUGCUCAGGACGCUCAUUGACCCUGAAAACAUGCUGGCUUCCACCAAUAAAACUGAGAAGACUGAAUUCCUAAGUUUCUUCUACAAGUACUGCAUGCAUGUUCUUACUGCUCCACUGCUGGCCAACACAGCACAUGACAAAACCUCAAAAGAUCUGCAGGAAGGAUCAGCAAAGAUCAACCCAGUCUGUCCAGAUAACUUCCAGACGGCACAGCUGCUGGCACUGAUCCUGGAGCUUCUGACUUUCUGUGUGGAGCACCAUACAUAUCAUAUCAAGACCUAUAUCAUGAACAAAGAUCUGCUCAGGAGAGUACUCGUGCUCAUGAACUCUAAACACACCUUUCUGGCACUUUGUGCUCUGCGGUUCAUGCGCAGAAUCAUUGGCCUCAAGGAUGAGUACUAUAACCGCUACAUCAUAAAAGGGAACCUGUUUGAACCUGUCAUUAAUGCCCUGUUGGACAAUGGUACACGAUACAAUCUACUCAACUCAGCCAUCAUAGAGCUCUUUGAGUUCAUAAAAGUGGAGGACAUCAAGUCUCUCAUAGCUCACAUUGUGGAUAACUUCUACAAAGCACUUGAAUCCAUUGAGUAUGUCCAGACUUUCAAGGGCCUGAAAGGCCGGUACGAGCAGGAGAAAGACAGGCAAAGUCAGAGGCUCAACAGAUAUCGCCGGGAUGCAAGGUCAUUGGAUGAAGAUGAGGAAUUGUGGUUCAACGAUGAUGACGACGACGAUGAUGGUGAGACUGUGGAGAAGAGCCGCAUGGAGGAUGACUUUUCUGACAGCUAUGGCAAGUACAUGGAGGCCAAAAAAGGUAGGAAACUACUUGUAUGUGCUCAGUGUGUUCUCUUCUGUCUGGAGCAGCCUUCGAUGUUGAUGUUUACAUUGUCUUUUACUGCAGGAGCUGCCAAUGGAGCCAAUGGUGCCAACAACAAUGGGAAGUCUGCUGUAAUCCCACCUGCCUCGGCAGCUGUCUCUGUAAACAACAGCAGCUCGACUUCCUCUGUGAAGACUGUUGCUCUUCCUGCUACACCAGUAGUAAAGACUGCACUUGUCGGUUUGGUUGACUACCCUGACGAUGAGGAUGAAGAGGAAGAAGAUGAGGAGGAAGAGCAGUCUCCAAGGAAGCGGCCUCGUCUUAGCUCCUAAAGUUAUUUGACCUCUGUUGGAUUGCAGUGGACAGAUGUUAAGUCCCACCUAAACUCCCUCCUGGUCGUCUCAUUGGUCCUUGACCUGCUUGUGCAACCUAUCAGUCUCUGACCCAGUCUCACUGAGGAGACGGGCAAAGGCAAACUCCAACCUCCCUCAGUUCCUCCUGACCUCCAUGCCUCCGUUCUGACUGAGGGAGGGACGUGGAGAUGCUGUCUUUUACUGGAAAGACAGACAAUCUGCUCCAUCAACCUCUUGUUUUUUUGUCCUCUUACACCCUGCCAUCAGCCUCUUCCUCCAGAAGAACCAAAUGCCUCUCCUGUGUUUUUAUUGACCCUUUAGCUGACUCAUUCCUGUGUCCCUCAUGAUACUGCUUUCCCAGUUCUUAUCUCCUCCUGAACAACUGUUUCCUCCUUCACCACCAUCCUACUUACGACCAGAGAGGCUGCAGUGGAAAUUGCAGUGCCAAGUGAGUUCCUAGCUCUGCUCUGUUGCUAUAGCAACAGUAGCAAGGAAGCUGCAGAACUACAGCACCGUAUCUCGUGUCUUCAUUUCAGCUCCCUCUCUACUUCCUCAAACCUGAACCAAUGAGCUUGGCAGACCGAGGAAGCCAGAACACAACCAGCCAGUGUCUGAACUGUUCAGAGAGCCAGUCAGGCUAGCAGGACUAGCCGUCAUAGUUGUAGAGAGCUUGACUGGCUGAAGCAGCGUGUGCCGCCCUGCCACAGAUCUGUUCAUAUUUUGUUGGGGAUAUAGGGAUAUAGGCAACAUAGAUAAUUCAGACAAAAAUGUUGAGACAAGGGACGUAAGAAAUGUACCAGAAAACUCAGCAGACGUGAGGCCUUGUUCCAGACGAGCGGGACUCAACUAUCUGAAGCCAUGGUGUCACUUAAGCCAAGGCACAAACACAACACAAACACACCCGUCUCACACAGGACUGUGUUCGCCAGAAAUCCUGUUAUUUCAUGAAUUUGUUAAAAGUACUGUACAGAUGUUAUUUUUUUCUUUUUAAUCAUUUGCCCCUGAUCUGAUUUUGAAAGGGGAAAGAGCUGCCUACCUGUGUAUUUUUUUGUUGUUGUUGCACAAAAGGUGGGGUCACUUUCACCCUUUCAGUACAGUUCAUUUGAUUCAAUGUAAAAUGCGAGAGAAGUUGCAAAUACUGGUUUUAAAAAUAACAUAUUAAAACUGCAGUAAAGUCAUUUUUGCAGCCAACAUUUUGAGGAUGCCUGAAUUUUUCUAUUUUGGUGUUUUUUUUGUUUUUUCUCAGCGUUGUCUCCUUAUGAUGCACAUUAAGCCCUGUUCUUCCUUUAUAAGGGUAACAAACCUGAGCUGUUUGUGCACUGAGAUUUAUUGUCUCCAGUAACUUCACCCCAGAUUGAUCUCAGGCUCAGAGAAACAAGAAGCUGACUUGUCUUUGCACUGGUGAAACAUCUCAUAUUUUUGACUGAAUGAGUUUCUAGGGUCCAGGAUAUUCAAUACCGUUUCAGGAAGUCAGAAGUGUUGGGUGCAGUUCCCCAGAUAACUGGCCUGUGUCACACUGUACCUUUUGGAGAGAAAUGACACAUUGAGGUUUAGCCUGUCUUUAUUCAUCAUAAUAAAGAUAAGAGAGGUGGUAUUUGAUCAGUAUAUUUUAGGAGAACUUCUCUCUUAUUGUAAACAUACUAAAAGGAGACAACCUGUCUUUAGCCAUUGAGUGUUUUUUUUUUUUUUUGCACAGCAGCACAAAUCAAACUGAUGCCAAUAUGUGUUUUUAAGGGAGAAGUAAAUGAGCAGUAUACUGUACUUCCACCUGCACUCUGCACCACUGUUCCUUGAAGAAUUUGUACCAAGUGCAUUUACUACCACUAUCCAUUCUUAACAUUUGUAUGAAUUUAUUUGAUAAAAUUUGAAAUUAAAUGUGACCCUGACAUUGAA